AUGUGCAACACCAUCAAAUUGCCGGAAGUUCCUAAAGCUCAUGAGUACCGCGGAGGGUCUGCCACAGAAGCUAGUUUUCGCGCUAGUUCUUCUGUGCUAGUUAUGCUCUGUGUUGGCGAUGAUGUCAUUAGUUAUUUGACUGCAAGCAGUAGGUACGAGCUCGCGGCGCGAAAUGCUAAUGAUACACAGAGUCUCCUAAAAGGGAGAAUGGAUAAUCGGCAGCCAAGCCGCCUGGGAGAGACUCUUAGAGUUCCCGACGGUGCAGUUCACAGACUAGACGUUGGUGGGGGAGCGGCUAUAAUUGAGUGGAACGGUGUGGAUGUUCUUAACUGGCAAAACUCAUCCGAACUACGCCGAGUUCUUAAUGCGGCAUCGCGUGCCAAAGGUGAGUCCGAGUCCCUUGACCCUACUGGGACUAAGGGUGUUGUAUCAGAAAUCGAAAUGUUAGGCCUACCACCCAUUUAG